AUGUCGAGGACGAUAUCCCAUGCUUACUAUUGGUGUGGUGCUAUCGAGAAUUUCCAAUGGGGGGUGAGGGGGAGGGGGGUACCAUCCAUCCUCAACUUCCGUAUCGAGGUCCGAGAUGCUGUGCUGGUUUAUGUGACACAGGAGGAUUCCACACCCGAGAUGUUCGCUGCGGUUGUGAACCCUGGAUACGACAAUUUCUAA